CGGCUCUAAACCCGCACUCGCAAAGCCUUCCACUUAACUGCGCCAAUAUGGCUGAUGAAACAGCGAAGGCGCAGGUAGCGAAACCUAGCGAAGACACUAUAUUUGGAAAAAUUGUACGCAAAGAGAUUCCUGCUAACCUAAUAUACGAAGAUGACCAGUGUGUUGCCUUCCCCGAUAUUUCUCCUCAAGCCCCCACACACAUUCUAGUUGUCCCAAAAAAGCCCAUUGUUCAGCUGUCACAAGCCGAGGAUAGUGAUGCUGCAUUGUUGGGCCACAUGAUGUUAGUCGCAAAGAAGUGUGCUCAAGAUGCAGGUCUGUCUAAAGGUUACAGGAUUGUCAUCAAUGAUGGACCGGAUGGUGGUCAGUCAGUCUACCACAUCCACAUCCACGUUCUGGGAGGACGCACUAUGGGGUGGCCCCCUGGCUAAUCUCCAUCUACUUGCACAAACCACUUUGCCAUCUUAACAUCUAUUGUCUGACAUGUAUUACUGUCUGUUGAAUGUGAAACAACACAAACAAAAAUUCAUCAGUGAUAUUAAAGUUCACAACAACAAAGA